CGCAGCUGCUAUAAGCGAUGUUCCUGAAGAUCCCUGAGACGUGCAGUUAGUUAGCGGAGCAGCAUGUCAUCCCACUUCCAGCUCAGCCUCCCCGACCCCCUACAACAAGGCUCUCCACCACAGGCUCCCAGAGGUCACUCUACUCCAAGUGCAACCCAGCACAGGACAUAGAAGAUUCCUCAGAAGGAGAAGUUGGGCAUGUCUUUCUAUCUGGUCACUUCACCAUGCAUAUAACUACUUCUGCAUCACUUUAAGGUGGCACUGCCUGCUUCCAAAUACUCAUCACCCAGCCAUGGAGGACCUAUUGGAGAUGUCUGGUGAGAACUCAUCACUUUUUGAGACUUUACCUUGGAGCAAUGGAAGUUUCGUACCUAAUAAUCACACUCUUAAAAAUGGGACCGCACCUAUAGACUUCACCAGGGCUAUGAUCCUUGGAUUCACUCUUGGAGCCUUCAUCUCCGUGGCAAUCGUGGGCAACAUCAUGGUCAUCAUCUCUGUGGUCACCAACAGGCAGCUGCGGAUCCCAACCAACUACUUGAUAGUCAAUCUGGCCAUUGCUGACUUGUUCCUGAGCACCACGGUGCUCCCCUUCUCUGCUACCCUUGAGAUCGCCGACCAGUGGGUCUUCGGAAGGAUAUUUUGUGACAUCUGGGCAGCCAUGGAUGUUCUAUGCUGUACGGCUUCCAUUUUCAGUCUUUGCGCCAUUUCUAUAGACAGGUACAUUGGGGUGCGUUACACUCUUCAGUAUCCCACUAUAGUGACCAGGAGAAGGGUCCUUCUCGUGCUGUUGGGUGUCUGGAUGUUGUCCAUCGUCAUCUCCAUUGGACCAUUGCUGGGCUGGAAGCAGCAGACGGUUACAGAUGAAGCUGUGUGUGAUAUCACCACUGAACCUUUCUAUGCCAUAUUUUCCUCUUUGACUUCCUUCUAUAUCCCCUUGAUUGUCAUCCUGUUGAUGUAUUGCAGAGUUUACGUGGUGGCCAAGAGGAUCACUAAGAACUUGGAAGCAGGUGUCAUGAAAGAAAACAUGGACUCCAAGGAGCUGACCCUGAGAAUUCAUUGUAGGAACAUGAAUGAUGGAUCUCCGAACAGCAAAAGCAAGAACCAACAGCCUCGCAGCUCCUUAUCUCUCAAACUACUCAAGUUCUCCAGGGAGAAGAAGGCAGCCAAGACUUUGGGGAUUGUGGUGGGCUUGUUCAUCUUAUGCUGGCUACCGUUCUUCACGGCUUUGCCUUUAGCAUCAAUCUUCAAAGAGCUGGAGCCACCAGAAACAGUGCAAAAAGUGAUCUUCUGGCUCGGAUAUUUCAACAGCUGCUUAAAUCCUAUCAUUUACCCCUGUUCUAGUAAGGAGUUUAAGAGAGCCUUCAUACGUAUCCUAAAAUGUCAAUGGGGAACAAGAAGACAGUCGGGUAUACGAAGAACACAGCUUCGCGCUCGGAGCAGCAGCACCUACACCCAUUCGAGGAAAGAAUCCAUGGAUGAAAGAAGCUUUAUGAAUGGAAGCCAAAGGACAGUGUCUGUUCCUCCCAGCCCAAACUGUAUGAGCAGAGGACCUCGAAAGGAGAGCAGCAGCCAUGACUGGAAACCAUCCUACAUUCCAGUGGAUUCAGAUCAAAGACACAUAGGAGAACACAAGGAACAGGGCAGAACGAAUAAUAUCUUCAACUACCCAAGUCCAACCAACUAUAGUGUGUAUGGCACAAGCUCCAAAGCUACCUGAGAGCUAGAAGGACUAUAGACCAAAAAAAGAAGUGUUAAGCAAUGUAUCUAUGGACUGAUCGGUACAAUAAUCCAAGGUUUGGUGGAUACCAGCCUUACGACAGGAUACAAAAUGGAAAGUAAUACAAUGGAAAUUGGUGUAAAACAGCAGGGCAGGGGUGCAAGAAGAGAGUUAUGCCCAAAAAAUGACAGCAAAUAAGUUUUUCUAUGUGCGGUAUACCUUACGGACAGUAGUGGGCUCAGCGUGGCCCUACUAUUGCGUUCCUUCUGGUGGACUCUGCGUAUGGCAGGUAUACAAGAGCAGCUGCUUUGUCCCUGGUCUAUGUACAUUAUAAUAAUCUUCUAUAUGAUUGACAAAACGUGUGUUAAAAUUUUUAAGGGGGGUUCAUUUACAUUCAGGCAACAUCACAAUAAGGUACUAAAAUAUUGCUGCUUGGCUAUGCUUCAUUUCUCAUAAGGCUAAUGUACAUAAGAGGGUCGCCAUUUUUGUCCCCAUGAAGUAACUGUGGGCUACUUUAACCCCCUAAGGACGGAGAGUUUUUCUGUUUUUGCACUUUCGUUUUUUCUUCCUUACCUUUUAAAAAUCAUAACCCUUUCAAUUUUGCCCUAAAAAUCCAUACGAUGGCUUAUUUUUUGCACCAAUUCUACUUUGUAAUGACAUCAGUCAUUUUACCCAAAAAUCUACAGCGAAACGGAAAAAAAAAAGACAAAAUGGAAGAAAAAAUGCCAUUUUGUAACUUUUGGGGGCAUCCGUUUCUACGCAGUACAUUUUUCGGUAAAAAUGACACCUUAUCUUUAUUCUGUAGGCCCAUACUGUUAAAAUGAUACCCAACUUAUAUAGGUUUGAUUUGGUCGUACUUCUGGAAAAAAAUCAGUGUUAUCGGCGGUUGAUUGCUCAAGGCUGGAUUUUAGGCUUGGAGCAAUCAAUCGACGAUCGAACACGCAGGAGACAGGUGAGGGGACCUCCUGCUGCGUCCUUGUUGAUCGGGACAUCGCGAUUUUAUCGCGAUGGUCCCGAUCAGCCCGAAUGAGCAGCCGGGAUGCUUUUACGUUCACUUUUAGACACAGCGAUCAACUUUGAUCGCCGCGUCUAAAGAGUUAAUGCUGGACAUCCGCCCGAUCAGCGAUGUCCGGCAUGAGCGUGGGUCCUGGUUACUUAUAGCAACCGGAACCCACUGGGUAUGAUGCGCGCUGCGCUCACCUCGUGAGCGCGCAUUAUAUAUGGAGACGCGCAUAUGGACAGUCAUGA